CGAUCCCAACGAAGUCACCUGUGGACACAUCUAAACGCUUGGGAAUCGCCUCAACACUCACACGCACCCUCUCAGAGCACCUCUCUCUUUGAUGCAGUGCUAGACGCCCAUAAGUCAACGAAGACGACAGUAGAUCCCGCCGCCACGAUGUGUUCCGCUCCCCCAGCGUAGAUGGCUGAUCUCCUAGUUGCCCUGUUUCGAGACAUACCAGGGAACAAAAAAACUGUACACGAACCCUUCCUUUCGCACCAAUUCGAUAUCCGCCAUAAUACCACCCCCUCUCAACUCCCUACUUAGACUUGUACGCUCACGCAUACACCCGGUCCAACUCUGAUCCGACUUCCGCUCCCUGUUUCCCCUGUGAAGGACCGCGAAGUUUAAGUCGGCCCAGGAGUAACCAGCAUCGCCCUCUGGAGAAUGGACGAUCCUGGUUGGUCAUGGCCCGCUUGGAAAUUUGGCAUGAAGAGAGAAGAGCUCUUCACCAAACUGCAUGAUCAGUACAACACUAUCGCUUUCUCCAUCCAGGACCCCGAGGCCUUUCACCACGACGUCUUCGAAAUCUCCGCGACUGCGAACACGACCGACGAGUUCCAUCGCCUGUUAGCCGACCGAAAGCAGCAACGGCUCGAUGAGCUGAAUCAGAGUCUGGAGUCCGCCUCGGUCGAGAUCAUCGCCAACCCCAGUCUUAUCGGGACUCGGCAAUGGGAGCACGCCCUGCAGCUGUUUCGUACCAGGUCGAUGGACUCUCUCGUGCGAUACUUUGCCUCCUAUCUUCCCGACGACCACCCGUGGCAUCGCGCUAGCGAUGACUUCACCUUCAAGCCGUUCUUUGACGAGCCCGAAGACGAUUAUUCUUCCGUAACAGACGAGCCUCUCCCGAUCACAACCAGGACUCACACCGUUCCGUCAAAUCACCUUCCUCCUUCUCCCCGGUCUCUUACCAUGUGUUCGGAUGGUUCUUCUUCCUUGACAGCAGAGCGGACCUCAUCCUUUUCGGAUCCCGAGACGGGUGAACUGGGGCUGUCGACUACCUUGUCCCGAGGGUUCGACGACGACGACGACGAGACAUCGCAAUCAGACGACCUCGACAGUCCUACUACGUCUAUUUCCGACAUAUCGGAAAUCAUAUCACUGGCAUCUCAGGUAGAUGAGGAGUCCGACGUAGAGGAGGUGGAUGACGAAUCCGAUGUAGGAGAGGCGAACGAGAAGCCGAUGACCUCGAGGCCUGAUCGGCAAAGGGACGACGAGAGCGAGUCGAAGACACCGACGUUCCGGAACGAUCCGGGCUCGGUUUCCUGCCUAGCUAGCGACGCCAUAAAGCUCUCCAUGUCAUCGAAGUAUUCCCCGCUUCACAGGCGCGAGAGAAGUCCAGGCUUGGUGAGAUCACGACGGAGGAGUCCUGAAGUCGGUCGGGUGCGAAAAACUUCUCCAGAUCGGACACGGUUUAGACCCAAACCUUUGGGGUGGAAGUACUAUGACACUUGACGUCGUCAUGGAUGUGUAUAUAUAUUAUGAUGAUGCUGUUAAUACCCUUAAUGCCUUUAGUUUUAUGUCUUUGUCAUGGCGUUGGUCCGAAUCGUGUUGUUCUUAACGUUCCUAUUUCGGUCAUAACGACGGCUUCAAGUUGGUGCUACGAUUGCUGACUUGAUGUACAAAUUACCUACCCAUCUAAUUAUGACAAACAAUAGCUAUAUGGUCAGCAGAGAAGAAAUUGUAGAUCGCGAGCGACCGAGCAUGCAGGCCAUGUAUCGGGGUCGUGGAUCGACAACUCAUUCACAAACACCAUCGCCAUUACUAUCGCCAUUAGGAGGGGAUAUAGAAAAUACGCCGCCUCGUUGCUAUGGUACGUUAUGGUAUCGGCGGUAUAAUUAAGGCGGUUGCGGAUGUGCUAGACGUAGAUAGGCCGCCCUACGGAAGGCGUAUGAGGUUUAGGGCGUGCUUCGACACUGAUCGCGACGGAGUCGUGAUGGGCUUUGUGAUCGAGAUGGGAUCGAUUGCAGUAGAGAGGGUCGGUGGUGGGGAGGUUCAUCGUUGC